AUGAGGUAUCUCAGAUCCCCUCACGCACUGCUCACCUUGCUCACCUUCUUAGCCUGUUUGGCUCCCUCGUCGCAACAAAAUCCCCCCUUCAACGAGAGUAAUCUCCCAGCAAACCGCACAUCCGCCGCCUUUCCCCUCCCUGUUCCAACCCUCGACCUCGACUUCCGCAUCGUCGUUGACCUCAACCCGCUCAUCCCCGUCGGCGUCGGCCCGUUCGGCCAGCGGAACUGGAUUUCCUUUUCCGGGGGCGCCUUCUCGGCCAAGUGGGGCACCGGCACCGUCGUUGCCGGCGGGCAGGAUAGCCAGAUUGUCGUCAACGAAACCCUCAGCACCGCCGUCGAGACGUCGUAUCUGCUCAAGACGGAUGAUGAGACGCCAGCGUACAUUACUGUGAAGACGACGGGCUGGCGGACUGGGCCGAGGGAGGUCAUGGAGAGGUUGUUUGAUCCGGCUAGGGCGAAUGAUGUCAAGCCCUCCGAGUAUAGCUUCCGGUUGAAUGUCAAGAUGGAGACGGGAGAUGAGAGAUACAAGGAUAUUGUUAACACUGCCAUGUGGGUUGGUAGUGGUGCUCGGUUAGGAGCUACGGUCAUCUAUGAUGCUUACCGGGUGGUUUAA